UGCCAUUCAGUCACACGACACGGCACCCGACCCGAUGAGUAUUAUCUGUUACUCACUCUACCCUGCCGUCAGGCUGCCACAAACAUCUGUAGAUAGAGCGAGCGAGCCGUCUUGCAUCCAGGCAGAGGCACCAAACCCAACAACACAAUAAAAUCAGUGAACACCAAGCAUAGAGAAAUUAUUUCUGCCAGACAACCACACACAAUCGUAACAGUACUGUGUUCAACGUCAACCUUUCCGUUUCGUGUGUUCUCGGAUUGUAUUUUAUUUCCUGGCAGGUUUGAUACUGCCUACCUACCUACCAGUGGGGUUGCCGAAGUGAGUCGCCCUCAGGAGGACCAGCGUGUAGUAUCUUCUACACUAUAGAAAAAGCAGGUAGAAAUUGCCCAUUUAAUUGCGCUAGGUGAUUGUUUCUCAGCUGGUCAUGCAAAUACAUCAUAGUUGACAUUGACAUAUAGAGGAUAUCUUUCUCUCGAGAAGAGCUAAACUGUUUGGAUAGUGUGUAUAGUGCAAUGUAAAUGCGUAUACAAAAGUUCGAUUUGCUCCAAGGACGAACUACGCAAUCAGAGCUUGCCAUGCGAAGGAAUUGAUAACGAUAGUCGGUUUGGUUUUUAUGACAGCCUUAAUUCGGUUUGAUAGUGAAUUGGAUCACAAUUGUGUGAAGAUGAGCCAUUUGAUAAUGUGUGGUGAAUGGUGAUAAAACCCAACGUGUCGAGAAAAUGGAUUGACUAAAUUGCUUUGUCGUAGCUGCUUGGAAGGGCAGUCCAAUUCACCUAGGCAACAAAUUUGACUAAGAAUUAACCUCAAUCAAACAGGAAAAUCGUCAAGCAAUCAAAGGAAGGGAGCGUCAUCAAUUUCCGGAACUCGUGAAAAAAGCAACCAGCGAGCUCGUAAAGUCAGUGAUUAUGUGUGUUAGUUACCCUUGUGAAUUUUGCACGCGGUACUAAGCACUUUAAUAUUUGCUAAAUUGCUUCAAGCUACGUAAUGCUAGCAGAAAAGAGUGCGUUUUAGAGCUGAUUCAAAAGUUGAUAAUAAAAAAGUUAUCUGAAGGGUUAUACCUACAAGGAAAGGAAAGUCAUCCGAAAAAAAACAUUGGCAUAGUGAUUCUCCUCAGCUCAGCUAAGAUAGGAUAUAUAUAUAUUCGGUAGCUACUUCCAGCACUGUGGUUAGUGAAUGGUAACAAUUCGAGAACGUUGGAGCUUUUUCCAGCAGAGAACAAAGAUGGAAAAAAUCAUUCGUCUUUUGCGAACCGCUUCAACGUAACCUAUUAGUUUUCCUUUGCUUUCUAAUCUUCAUUCUUCUUAAGUUAUUCUUCAAAGGAUCGAUGAACCGUAUUUUAUAGCUGGUGUUACUUACAUACGUCCUCCUUUGUUUGUGGAGGAACAUUUUGUCUUAAGAAAAGUAUUAGCUGCUAAGUAGUCAAUUAAGUCUCCCGAAAUGGCCAAGUUCAGCGGGAAAAAAUGCCGUCUACUGACGGUAAUGACAUUAACCGUGUUCUUCUUCUUCGUGGAAAUAGUCGUCGGUUAUCUGACCAACUCGAUGGCCCUGGUAGCCGACAGUUUUCACAUGCUGGGAGACAUUGCGGCUCUUGUGAUCUCGUUUCUAUCAAUUAAGAUGUCACCAAAGAAGUGGUCUAAAAAUACAUUCGGCUGGGCGCGAGCGGAAGUACUGGGUGCGUUGGUCAAUGCGGUGUUCCUAGUGGCGUUAUGUUUCAGCAUAACCAUCGAAGCCUGCAAGAGAUUUAUCGAAGUGGAACACAUACACGAGCCAGAGCUGCUGAUCUGGGUUGGUUUCAUCGGACUUCUAGUCAAUCUGUUAGGAUUACUGCUGCUGCACAAACACGGAGGUGGCCACAUGCAUUCUCAUGGGGGUUUAACACACCAGCACGGUCUAGGCUCUCACGGCAAUCUAAACCACGUAGUCAACUCGGACGACAAUGAGAAUAAGUCAUUCAUGUUUCAGAACGAGCAUCCUGUCACAAAAAAAGUAUCGAACCAUGGACAUUCUCAUGAUUCGGGGCAGAUGAAUAUGCGUGGCGCUUUCCUGCACGUGCUAAGCGAUGCUCUGGGUAGCGUUAUUGUGAUAAUCAGUGCACUCGUUGUACGAUUCACUGAGUGGGAAUACAAACUAUACAUGGACCCAGCUUUGUCGAUCCUGCUGGUUGUCCUAAUACUGCAUUCGGUUUGGCCACUGCUACGUGAUUCGGCGCUGAUCCUGUUGCAAACUGUUCCUACUCACAUUCAAGUCGACGCGAUCCAACGUCGGCUGUUGGAAAAAGUAGAUGGAGUGCUCGCCGUACAUGAAUUCCACGUAUGGCAGCUGGCUGGCGACCGGAUUAUCGCCUCCGCUCACAUCCGUUGCAGAAAUCUGUCCGAGUACAUGAAAAUCGCCGAAAAGGUAAAGGAGUUUUUCCACAAUGAGGGCAUCCACUCGACCACCAUUCAGCCGGAAUUUGUUGAAAUCGAGGCGCUUAAUAGUUAUUCGGGCUCUGACGGAAUUUCGAAUAGUCUAAACGGUAGCGCUACACAGGACUGCUGUGCCCUAGACUGCCCCACUACCGACGAAAGUAAUUGUAUAAAAGCAACAUGCUGCCAAAAUAACAAUACCAUUAAGAACCAACCAUCGUCACCGACACCAUCUCCUUUUUUGUGCCGCCAAAGAAAUUCAAGAACCGGAAACGAUGUGGAAUUGGGAUCGCUGCUGGAUCAGGCUAAUCCGAGCUCAGUGCUGACCGACAUGGACAGCAGCGGCCAGUCGAAAUUGGCGGUCUGACAGCUGACGACGAGCAGUAGCAGUAAGAUGCCGC